AUGGCGGCCCCCGCUCUGGCGCUGGGCUGGGGCCCGCUCCGCUUCGGCUCCGGGGGCUGCCUUCGUAGCCGCGUGCCCCGGGGCCCGAGCGCCCGCGGGAGGGGGCUUCCGGCCCCCGUGGUCUUGGGACGAAGCGCGACCGCGUCCAGUCGGACCGAAGCCCCCGGCAGUGGCCUUUACUGCGUGGAGCUGCUCCGGAAACGAGACUAUGAAGGAUAUUUAUGUUGCCUGUUACUGCCUGCAGAAGCCCGAAGCUCUGCUUUUGCAUUGAGAGCCUUCAAUGUGGAACUGGCUCAGGUUAAAGACUCAGUCUCUCAGAAAACUAUUGGCCAAAUGCGAAUGCAGUUUUGGAAGAAAGCUGUAGAAGAUAUAUAUUCUGGUAAUCCACCUCAUCAGCCAGUAGCCAUUGAACUAUGGAAGGCAGUCAAGAGACAUAAUUUAACUAAAAGAUGGCUUAUGAAAAUCAUUGAUGAAAGAGAAAAAAAUUUGGAUGACACAGCAUAUCGAAACAUCCAAGAACUAGAAACAUAUGCUGAAAACACACAAAGUUCCCUUCUUUACUUGAUGCUGGAAGUAUUGGGUAUAAGGGACCUCCAUGCAGAUCAUGCUGCAAGUCAUAUUGGGAAAGCACAAGGCAUUGUCACAUGUUUGAGAGCAACGCCCUAUCAUAUUAGUAGACGAAAGGUGUUUCUUCCUAUGGACAUUUGCAUGCUGCACGGUGUUUCACAAGAAGAUUUUUUACGUAAGAACCAAAAUAAAAAUGUGAGGGAUGUAAUCUAUGAUAUUGCCAGCCAGGGACAUCUUCAUUUAAAACAUGCCAGAUCCUUCCAGAAAAGUGUUCCUGUGAAAGCAUUUCCUGCUUUUCUUCAGACAGUUGCUUUAGAGGACUAUUUAGAAAAAAUUCAAAGAGUGGAUUUUGAUGUGUUCCACCCUCGAUUACAGCAGAAGAAUACAUUAUUAGCAUUGCAUCUCUAUAUUCAGUCUUGGAAAAAAAGAUAUUAAAAUCAUUUUAUAGUA